AUACUAGGCAAUGAUGCAACCGGUCAGGAUGCUCUUGAUGGUGCAGCUGUAGAACCUUUUGAGGAUUUGGAGACACAUGCCAAAUCUUUUCAGUCUCCUGAGGGGGAAAAGGUUUUGUCGUGCCCUCUUCACGACCGUCUUGGUAUGUUUGGACCAUGAUAGUUCGUUGGUGAUGUAGCAAUCACUACAUGUGAUUGUGACCACUUUAUAUUAUUGGGGAAAAUCUAUGAACAUUCAUUAGUGGCUUGAUGACGAUGAUAAUUUCAGGCUACUCACAAGAGAUGUUAUUGUAGGAUGCAUGCAGCUAUCACUACACCACUCAAUGACUAUAGUCGUGUAACUACACAUCUCUGGAACAAUCUCUUCAUUCAAAAACUCAAUCAUGGACACUCUUACUGACAGUUGUGGCUGCUUUGUGUGAUGUAUUAUUGUCUCUACCUCUACCUUCGUGCUGUUGUCUGUGCCCAAUAAUGUUUGUACCAUGUUGUUAUUAUGUUGUGUUGCUACCAUGCUGUGUUGUCAUGUGUUGCUGCCUUGCUAUGUUGUUGUCUUAGGUCUCACUUUAUGUAGUGUUGUGUUGACUCUCUUGUUGCGAUGUGUGUUUUGCCCUUAUUAUUAUUACUAUUAUUUUUUUAAAUAUUUUUUUUUUAAUCCCAGGCCCCGUUCUCGCAGGAGGCCUUUUUGCCUUUUGUUAGACCGUCAUUGUAAAUAAGAAUUGGUUCUUAACUGACUUGCCUAGUUAAAUAAAUGUUAAAUAAAAUAAAAUAAAUAAAAUGGCGAGAUCCAAAUCACAGCAUCCUAUCCGCUCUCUCCACGAGCCAAGGACGACGUAUCCCCCUUUUUCCUCCAGUCUUUCGUUACCAUGGGGAUGACGUCAGGUUGCACCACCGAUUCGGCCCAGUAGUAGCAGGAGAGGCGGGUCCAUCAGAUAGUCAGCUGGGUAAGAAGACAAAGAGAGUCCUCCAAGCCCAGUACCUUCUCGUUCCACCGUCGAAUCUUUACAGCUAACGCCCUUCCUUCCAUCCAAAAUGCGCGAAAUAGUGCAUCUGCAAGCCGGACAGUGCGGAAACCAGAUUGGAGCCAAGUUCUGGGAGGUGAUCAGUGAUGAGCAUGGCAUCGACCCGACUGGAACCUACCAUGGAGACAGCGACCUGCAGCUAGACAGGAUCAAUGUGUACUACAAUGAGGCCUCAGGUGGGAAGUAUGUCCCCCGUGCCAUCCUGGUGGAUCUGGAGCCGGGCACCAUGGACUCUGUCAGGUCUGGCCCCUUCGGACAGAUCUUCAGGCCAGACAACUUUGUCUUCGGCCAGAGUGGAGCUGGAAACAACUGGGCCAAGGGCCACUACACAGAGGGAGCAGAGCUGGUAGACUCUGUCAUGGAUGUAGUGAGGAAGGAGGCAGAGAGCUGUGACUGUCUCCAGGGUUUCCAGCUCACCCACUCCCUGGGUGGGGGUACUGGCUCUGGCAUGGGCACCCUGCUCAUUAGCAAGAUCCGUGAGGAGUACCCUGACCGCAUCAUGAACACCUUCAGCGUGGUGCCCUCUCCCAAAGUGUCCGACACAGUGGUGGAGCCCUACAACGCCACCCUCUCUGUGCAUCAGCUGGUGGAGAACACAGAUGAGACCUUCUGCAUCGACAACGAAGCCCUCUACGACAUCUGCUUCCGCACUCUCAAGCUCACCACACCCACCUAUGGAGACCUCAACCACCUGGUGUCAGCCACCAUGAGUGGAGUGACCACCUGCCUUCGUUUCCCUGGCCAGCUCAACGCCGACCUCCGCAAACUGGCUGUCAACAUGGUGCCCUUCCCCCGCCUGCACUUCUUCAUGCCGGGCUUCGCCCCCCUCACCAGCAGGGGGAGCCAGCAGUACCGCGCCCUGUCCGUGCCUGAGCUCACCCAGCAGAUGUUCGACUCCAAGAACAUGAUGGCGGCCUGCGACCCUCGUCACGGCCGUUACCUCACCGUGGCCGCCAUCUUCCGUGGUCGCAUGUCCAUGAAGGAAGUGGACGAGCAGAUGCUCAACGUCCAGAACAAGAACAGCAGCUACUUUGUGGAAUGGAUCCCCAACAACGUGAAGACCGCUGUCUGCGACAUCCCACCCCGCGGCCUCAAGAUGUCUGCUACCUUCAUCGGCAACAGCACAGCCAUCCAGGAGCUGUUCAAGCGUAUCUCUGAGCAGUUCACUGCCAUGUUCCGUCGUAAGGCCUUCCUUCACUGGUACACCGGAGAGGGUAUGGAUGAGAUGGAGUUCACUGAGGCUGAGAGCAACAUGAAUGACCUGGUGUCUGAGUACCAGCAGUACCAAGAUGCCACCGCUGAGGAGGGCGAGUUUGAAGAGGAGGGAGAAGAGGAAGCCGCCUAAACCAUCCAGUCACUCAACUGCCAAACAGUCUAUCACUCCCCUCCGUCCUGACCCCAAAGCACAACUUGAUUGAUUUAAAUUAAUGUUAAAGAAAAGGAAAUUCCGAUUUGUGAUAAUUAAAUGAAUGUGCUCAAGCAUCUCUUCAGCGGUUCCCUUCAGUCUAAUUAGUAUCCUGUAAGGUUUUCAGGUCUCAUCCUAGAAGUCAGAGGGUAUUCUAACAUGAGGUUUCUUAUGAAAGCAGCAAGCUGUAACUCGAUGUCUAAAUUGAAUUAUGUGAAUAAAUUAACAAUGUGUUCCAAUG